UGCCGGAUGACAGGCGCCCGGCGCCUGCCUGGGGCUCGGGGCUGUCGCUGUCUCCAUUGUCCGUGUCAGAGGCGCCCGGCAAUGGGGAGGAAACACAAGAAGCACAAGGCGGACAAGCACGCAGCAGAGGAAUAUACCGAUAAACCUCUAAAGUUGGUGCUCAAAGUGGGUGGUAGUGAAAUAACAGAAUUGUCGACAGCAAGUUUAGGGCAUGAGCCAAGUUUAAUUGAAGAUAAAUGCGAUCAUGACAAACACAAGGAGAAAAAGAAAAAGAAGAAAAAGAAAACUGAAAAAGAGAAACGCACAACCCCAGAUGAAAGAAAAAGAAGAAAGGACGAAAAGAAAAAGCGGGAGAAGGAACCUGCUUUCAGUGAACGGGAAGAGGAAGAAAGGAGUCGAUCUCCUGCGAGAUUUGAAAUGCCACCAGAAAGACACAUCACAUCUCCUCUAAUAAAAAUAGAAGAAUAUCAAACACCCUUUCAAGAAUUGCAGUAUCAACUAUUGCGGCAACUUCAGAGGAAAGACCCCAAUGCAUUUUUUUCAUUCCCUGUUACUGAUUUUAUUGCUCCUGGAUAUUCUCUGAUCAUUAAACACCCAAUGGACUUCAGCUCAAUGAAGGAGAAGGUGAAGAAAAAUGAGUAUCAGGACCUGGAGGAAUUAAAGGGAGAUUUUAAAAUGAUGUGUGAAAAUGCCAUGACCUAUAACAGGCCAGACACUAUCUACUAUAAGGCUGCAAAGAAGUUGUUGCACUCUGGAAUGAAAAUCCUUAGCCAGGAGAAAAUCCAAAGCCUGAAGCAGAGUAUAGAUUUCAUGCAGGAUCUGGAGAAAUCCCACAAGCAGGGGGAGAAGCUAAGGACAGGAGAUUACAGUGGGGAACGCAGGAAAGAUGAGGUGGAUGCCAGAAGGGAUCCAAUGCAAACUGAUGACAGAGAGAGAUCAGCUGAUCAGAAUGAAGAUCAAAGGCUGGAAAAGGAAUCUCGUGAGGAUGCAUCUAGCAGUUCCAAUCAUGUGAUUGACAGAGAAUUGGAAAAAGUUGACCGUAUUAUUGAGGAAUCUUCUGGAAAACUGACCCGGCGUAAAAUAGAUAGUAAGUUUGAAUUCCGGAGAAGAAAAGUUGAUGGCACCACUACCCUUGGAAUUCUGAAUGCAGUAGAACCUGACAUGGGAGACCCAAGUUACUGUCCAUUGAAGCUUGGUGUGAUGGCUGGCAGAUUACAGUCUGGAAUCAAUACCCUGCAAGGAUUUAAGGAGGACAAACGUAAUAAAGUCAUUCCAGUAACCUACUUGAAUUAUGGACCAUUCAGUUCUUACGCUCCAGUUUAUGAUUCUACUUGUGCUAAUCUCAGCAAAGAGGAUUCGGACCUGGUAUAUUCAACAUAUGGCGAUGAAUUGGGUAUGUCGGGAUCCUUCAGUGUACAGCAGUUUUUGGCAAGCAAUGAAGACUACAGUGUGAACAUGGUGGAUAAUUUACUGGAUUCCCUUACAAAUGGUGAACAUUCUAAAACAAUGAAAGAGCUGGAAAUAACUACACAUAACAAUGAAGACGAAGUGAAUAUUCUUCAUACCUCUGAAGACUUACAGAGUGCUCCUGCCGAGUCUCCUCGGCAACCACUGGAGUCAGCCUGUGGCCGUAUCAAUGACAGUUUUGCUUCUCUGCAGUCAGUAAUAAAUGGAGAGCCUGAAUCAGAAGAGUCUGGAAUGUUUCAGAAGAAGCUAGAUGAAACCACCAAGUUACUACAAGAUCUACAGCAAGCACAGAAUGAGCGUUUCAGUACCAGACCCCCAUCUGCCAUGCUGUGCCUAUUUGGACCUUCCAUUCAAGAGUUGCUAAUCGCUGAACGGGUAACUGGAAACUUGAAAGAAUUGGCAAGCCAAGUAGCUCCUGGAGACAUCACUAGUGUCGUUGGCAUUCGCAAGGCUAUGGGAAUUACAGUACCCUUGGAAAUAGAGAGUUUCUCACCAGAAUCGUUGUCUGGAGCCAGGAACAGCAACCUUGUGGAAGACAUGGAAACGACAGAAGUGCGAGAGCUUGAACCAGUCAUUCAUAUCAGUGAGGAUCCAGUUGCAAUUGUUACAUGAAAACGUCAGAUUAUUGAGUAGGAAAAAUGUCUCAUCUCAAACAACAUAAUCAAUCAACAGUGGCAAACAAUUUUAUAUGAAAUUUUAUACUGUAAAGUGUGUAUAAUAAAUGUGGGAAUUUUUUAAA